AGCGCUCGAGCGGCCCACCGGCGCGAGGAGGAGGAGGAGGAGGAGGCGGCGGCGGCGGUGGUGAGAGCUGAGCAGAGGCCACCCCGCAGCGGCUACCUGAGGAGAGGAGGGGGGCGAGGCCGGCGAGGGCUCAGCGGGGCCACGCUCACCCCCAGGUCGGAGUGGAGGCGGAGGCGAGCGACGAGGCGUUUUGGGACUCCGCCAUGGACGAGCACCCGAGCGCCGGCGUGUUUUUCGCUAAUAAUUCAGUGCUGAGCGGCGGCAUGGGGGGGCCGGGCAUCGGCAGCAGGAGCCCGCAGCAACAGGGCCAGGAGGGCGAGGCUCCGAGAGCGCAGUACAACAUCCCGGGCAUCCUACAUUUCCUGCAGCACGAGUGGGCCCGCUUCGAGGUGGAGAAGACGCAAUGGGAUGUGGAAAGGGCGGAGUUACAGGCACAGAUUUCUUUCUUGCAAGGGGAGAGGAAAGGCCAAGAGAACUUGAAGAAGGAUUUGGUCAGAAGAAUUAAAAUGCUUGAAUUUGCUUUAAAGCAGGAAAGAGCUAAACACCAUAAACUGAAAUAUGGGACGGAGUUGAAUCAAGGAGAUAUGAAACCUCCAAAUUAUGAUUCUGAUGAAAGCAAUGAAAAUGAGGUCCCAACAACACAAAAUAGUCAGUUAACAUGGAAGCAAGGGAGACAGCUGCUUCGCCAAUACCUACAGGAGGUGGGUUACACAGAUACCAUAAUAGAUGUGAAGUCAAGACGGACACGAGCAAUGCUAGGCCUCUCUAAUGAUGACCUGGACAAAGUAUCAGGAAUUACAAACCUAGAGCCUGUUGUUAAUGGUGGAGAAGUUCUGCUAAAAGUUACAGAUAUGAUUGGGAAUUCUGGAGAGGAAGUUAAACCACUUUUGACAGAUUCAGCAGCUGUGCUGGAAACGUUCAAUUUCCUUGAAAAAGCAGCAGAGGAAUUUAGUGAUGAAGAUGAAGAUGACAGUGAUGGAAAGGAGAGAACAAUUAUUGAUACUUCGUUUGUUAACCAAGGUGUGUCCUCUGAUAUGACUGAAGAUAUGGACACCGAGGAAGCACUUCGAGAAUUUGAUUUCUUAGGAACAACAGAAGAUGGUGAUGGAGCUGGGGAGUCUAGAAGUGCAGGCGAUGGAACAGAAUUAGAAAAGGAAGAUAUGUGUCCCACACCAGAAAGCUGGGACGUGGACCAGGGACUAAUAACCAAACUCAAGGAGCAGUACAAAAAGGAGCGGAAGGGAAAAAAGGGGGUGAAGAGGCCGAAUAGAUCAAAGCUACAAGACAUGUUAGCUACUCUAAGGGAUGUAGACGAGUUCCCUCCACUGCAACCUUCAGUAUCACCGCCCAGACCAACCAGUUCACGACUAAUGGAGCAUGAAGCUAACAGGACUGAAGAAGUGGAAGCAUUGACAUUUCCUCCAGGAGCAGGGAAAUCAUUUAUCAUGGGUACAGAUGAAGCACUGGAAAAUGCUUUGGGUCUUGGAGAGUUAGCAGGUCUUACAGUUGCCAAUGAGGCAGACCCUCUAAAUUAUGAUAUCACAAACAAUAAAGAUGCAUUGAGAAAGACUUGGAACCCCAAGUUCACUUUAAGGAGCCAUUUUGAUGGAAUUAGAGGCCUUGCUUUUCAUCCGAUUGAACCUGUUUUGGUAACUGCCUCAGAAGAUCACACUGUGAAAUUGUGGAAUUUGCAAAAGACUGCCCCAGCCAAAAAGAGUACCUCGUUGGAUGUAGAACCCAUAUAUACUUUCAGGGCACACAGAGGCCCAGUCCUGUGUGUUGUAAUGAGUACAAGCGGAGAGCAGUGUUUCAGUGGAGGAGCUGAUGGAUUAAUCCAGUGUUGGAAUACUCCCAAUCCUAACAUUGAUCCCUAUGAUUCAUAUGAACCUUCUGUCCUACGUGGAGCUCUUAAAGGUCACACUGAUGCAGUCUGGGGUUUGGUGUACAGUGCAGCACUUCAGCGUUUACUAUCCUGUUCAGCUGAUGGCACUCUCCGGCUGUGGAACUCGGCUGAAGUAGCACCUUCACUCUGCAUAUUUAACAAGAACCGAGAAUUCGGAAUUCCUACCUCUGCUGACAUAGUCUGCAGUGACCCUUCCCACUUGGUGUCAUCUUUUGGCAGUGGACAGACUAGUAUAUUUGACAUGGAGACCUGUCAGCGAAUUGUUACCUUUGAGUCCAGUAUUGAUGCUUCUUUGGCUACAUGUCAGAUUAAUAAAGUUAUUAGUCAUCCCACACUUCCUAUCACCAUCACAGCCCAUGAGGACAGGCACAUAAAGUUCUUUGACAACACCACAGGAAAACUACUUCAUUCAAUGGUAGCCCAUUUGGAUGCUGUCACAUGCUUAGCUGUGGAUCCAAAUGGCUUAUACCUGAUGUCUGGCAGUCAUGACUCUUCAAUUCGUUUGUGGAGUCUUGAAACCAAGACAUGCAUUCAGGAAUUCACAGCACAUCGUAAAAAGUUUGAUGAAUCCAUCCAUGAUGUGACAUUCCACCCUUCCAAGUGUUACAUUGCCAGUGCAGGGGCAGAUGCACUGGCCAAAGUUUUUGUAUGACAGUUUCAUGUAUACUACUCCAUGCUCUCUAUGUUAUCAAUUAGUGUCUGACACUAACAAAUGUAGGGAUAUUCUUUACUGCCCAGCAAUCCUGCCACGUGAGUUUCAGUUACAGUUCUGAAAUGACUGUAUUGAUUGCAAGUUUUUUUUCACCUGGUUUAUUCAGGCUACUCUAAGUCCAACUGUUCUGACAGCCUAGGUAUUUGCUUAAUUUCCCUUAAAUUAAUUUCUUUGAUCCUAGGCUGCCCUGAUUAUCCAGGCAGGCCUGGAUAAAGCUGGGCUAGGUUUAUUUCCUGGUUUCAGAAAGCUCUAAACACAUUUGGCAGCUUCUGUGUGAAAGGCAAAGUUAGUUGCCUGGAAAGGCAGCUAAGUUGUCUGAAAAGCAAGGAUUGCUAAUACAGUGAAGAGUUAAGCAGCAGCGUGUGCAAUUUGCAGUGAUUCCAGGUUAAAGGGUGGUGUUGGAAGACCAACAUAGUAUAUUUUAUAAAAACAAAUGCCAAACAUUUUCUAAACAAAAGAAAAACCUCAACAGUUGUACAAUAAAAGCAGAAUGUUCAAUAUGGUAUACAAUAUCUGUAGUCAAUUAUUGUUCUAGCUGCCUCACUGUAUUAGACUUGUGCCAGGAGACUGUGUGAUCAGUGGAUUUAUUUCUUCAUAAGGACCUCAAAUUUUAAUGUUUUACAGUAAAUGUGGAUCUUCAGUAAACUUAAUGGCAUACAAUUGUACUUCAUUUGGAGUUGUAUAUAUAAUGCAUUUAAGAUUUGUUUAGCACUUGCAUAAACACUGACAUUUUAAGUACAGUUAUAUAAAGGUAUACUUUCUUUUAAAUAGAUCAUCUUAAAAAGUGGGACUUUAACCCUUUAACAUCAGGUAUUUGAAUGUCUAGUGGUCUCACAAAACAAGCAUUUUAAUUUCAAAUGGCCUGAAGACUACAUAUUGUAAACACAGCAUAUGGAAUGUUUAAUGGUAUUAUUGUGUUGGGGAAUUCACAUUUGGGGGUUUUGUUCUGUAAUUCCUUGGCAUUAACACUUCCUUGGAGUCGUAUGUGCACUAUGGGUAAUGGUAUGGGAGUAGAAUAAGAGCAUUGUGCUAUUUUGCUAAGAGUUUUACUUAUCAAAGAGAUUUUAAAGUGGAACACCAUCUGUUUCAGUAGCGUUUGGGCUGCCACUAUAUGCUCGCAUAAUCAAGAACAGGUUAACUUGAGAGCAGUGGUUUCUUUUCCUGAAAAAUUAUAAAUUAGAACUACCAGUAGCAGAUUUAAAACUUGUUUGAAAAGUAGAUCAGACUUGUAGCCUGUUGAAUGGUUUUUCAGGUAAGGAAUGUUGCCUCAAAGUUAGCUUGCUUUAAUUUCCCAAUUUCUACUGAAGUUGCAAAUUAUUUAAGGGGAUUAGAUUAACUGAAAUUAUUAAUACAUGUGUAUAUAAAAGCAUCUCGAAACAGGCCCUCUUUAAUAUUCAAUACUGACAAUGGUUUAUACAUUUGGGUGAGAGGCGUAAGCAAAUACAGGGAGAGUAUGUUUGAUAUCUGUAUUGGACACAGUUGCUCUGUCUGCCAGUUUAAAAAAAAGUGAUCAUGUUCUUUAGGUAGAAAUGUAGAGCAGGAUUCUAAACAUCAUGAUUAUUUGAUACCUACUAAAAGCUAAUUUUCUUGCACAAAGCUGAUUGUUCUAUGAUGUACCCAUCUCUUUUCUGGAAGGAAAGUAAUAGAUUUAUUGGUAAUAAAAUCCCAUAUUUCAGAAAA